AUGUCAGACGCAGCAUUGGCACUUUGUGGUGUCUUGAGUGGUUGCCAGGCAAAUGUGUUUUUACUCGAGCUCAUUAUAAUGCAAAGCCCCCACACUUUGUACGCUAUGACAUUUGCUCAGUAUGUAGUUGUUACACUUCUUGCUCUUCCGCUGGUGAUUGACUUUGCCGAUUUGUCGCGUAGUCGUGGAUGGUUUUCUCUGCGUUUGAGACCGAUGCGGAUACGGAUGCGACACAAAUUCAUUCUUGCUACGGCUUCGUGGCUCAUGGCUGUGGGCAGCAACAUGGUAUUUGGGUUUUACAUUUCUGUGCCUCUUCACGCAACGUUUAGAUCGUCAUCACUUUUACUAAAUAUGUUGGCAGGCCACUUUUUUUUGGAAAAACGAUAUACAUUUCCACAGGUGCUUUGUGCCACAGCCAUAUCGGGUGGUCUUAUUGCUCUUGCAAUAGAAAAGUCACAGAAGGUUCGCAGCACUGAAGCUGACAGUGCUAGGCAGAUAUCGGAAGAGAAUAUUUGGUGGUUUUUAGGACUGACCGUUCUCGCCUUCACCACGGUUCUUUCCACGGGUCUUGGAAUCUUUCAGGAGUACAUGUAUAAAAUGGCACGCCGUAAAGGGGAGGAUGCGAAAAUGUCAGAAGUGGCACCCACGUUAUUGCCAUCACCACCACCACCACCAAUGUGGGCAGAAGCUCUUUUUUUCUCUCAUUUCAUUUCUCUACCCUUGUUUUUGUUGCAGCCACAACGCCUUUUUAGGGAAUUUACCUCCAUUUCUCAGAGUAACUACAUAUACUUUGCAUUGAACGCCUUUUCGCAAUAUGUAUGUAUAACUGGUGUUUAUGUGCUGAAUGACAAAACAUCCGCCUUUACCCUAAUUCUUACACUGACGCUCCGCAAACUAUGCACUUUUGCGCUGUCUGUUGCUUACUUUGGUCAUUACCGCCACUUCACCAUGGUGGAGUGGGUGGCAAUGGUGACGGCGUUGGCGGCAGGUGCAAUGUACCCACUGCUUCCAAAGUUUCACGCCCCGUCCGCUGUUCGUCUGACUGCUGCUCAAAGUAAGGCGAAGGAGUUGUAA